GCAGUACAGGGAUCGGACGAGAGGGACCGAAGGUCAAUAGCACAGGAGGAACUCCGGCCCAGUGGCUAGGUGGAAAGGACAACCCGGACACCAUGGCAUUGUUGGCUGGUGGUAUGGCCCAGUUGCAAGCAGUGAUCCUCAAGCAGAUGAAAGAGAAGGAUAAGGACGGCGACCGAAGCCCUGAGGCGGUGAAGCCAGGCAGCUCAGCUCUUCGUGUCCUACCGGAACUCAACCCGGCGACAAGCUCAGUGGACGUAAUGGACUGGCUUGAGGUCAUAACAACCACCAUGCAGGACUUGUCUGAUGGGAGUGCUGACUGGUGGAACCGUGCGAGGCAACUGGCCGAUGAUGCGUACAAGGCCUGGACACAGGCAACUCCGGUGGAGAAGUUGAGCAUAUCCCCGCCAAGAGACGAGGAGCUAGAGUCUGGGAAGUGGAGCCGCGUGAACUCGCGCGGAGCGUCAAUGGUCACGAUGGCCCUCCCCGACUCGGUGAGGCAAGAGAUGGUCCAACGGAGAUCUACGAGAUCGGUGACGGCCCUGGUCUUUAGGCUCCUCACGAUCUACCAGCCGGGCGGCCAACAGGAGAAGGUCACCAUCUUGAAGAAUCUUCAGCACCCAGAGCAGGCACCAGAUGCUCAGGGCGCAGUCAAGGCGUUGAGAUCGUGGUCCAGAUGGUUGCGAAGGUGUAGAGAACUCGGUGUUGCGGCACCAGACCCAUCGUUGUUGACGUGCGGCCUCACAGCCAUCACCAAGAAGGUCCUGGAGAAGGAGGCUGAGGCGAACUUCCGAACGAGCCUAGUCAGAUCACACCUCAUGGCGGACACCGCUCCUUCCUAUGACACAGUGGAGAAGUAUUAUCACCACCUUCUAGCAGAGUGUGAAACGAUUGCAGUGGCCACAGAGUCCUACCUCUGCGUCAACUCCAGCUGCGCCGACGACCUCACCAACUUCAAGGGACCUUCAAAGGAUGUGCACGAGCAGGGAGAUGUCCCCUCUUGCACUCCUGGGAUGGCUUGGAAUAAAUUGGCCGGAACGGAACAGGAUGCAGUCAACCUGAAGGAGGUGUUGGCGGAUGUUGGAAAGAUGCUGAAGGCUAUGUCGGCGACAUCAAUGAAGGCGGUCCGUGUUCAUGACAACAAAGUCAGCGACAGUGAAGAGCUCCUGAUGAAGAGAGUUUUGGAAGCGGAAGCUAAGGAAGCUGAGGAGACGGGAUUGCUGGACAGCGGCGCAAGCCACCCAAUGAGACCGGCGGAAGAGCGCGAGUACGAGGAUGGACAGCCAGUUCGGGUGACUCUCGCGGGCGAGGAUGUGCGGAUACUACGCCAGAACAGUCAUGGGACGAUCCUUGUUCAGGAGGAGACGGCCCCGAUACAACCCAUCGUACCGCUCGGGGCGGUAAUAGAAAAGCUGGGAUACACCCUGCACUGGAGUCCUCGAGCUCUUCGGUUAACACACCCCAGCAAGAAGCCCAUCCAGGUCAGAAUCAAGAACCACUGUCCGGAGGUUGCCUCGGAGGAUGCACUCAACUUGAUAAGGGAGCUGGAGAUGAACCAGGUCACCGCUUUGAAUGUGCAAGUUGAGAACCUAAGGGCAAGGCUGGAAGUCAUCCAAAAGGAGGAGAGUCGAGAUUGGCAUGAGCUACUUCGAGAAUACACGAGGACAGGGGCAAGACCCACACUGCUUAAGGCAAUCCUGACUUCGCCCUUCACCAAGGACCUCCCCUCGGAUGUGCAGUCGCUACUCCUGGAAGGCUUCGACCCGGAGAACGGCUUCCAGUACUUGAAGACACUUCAUCUUACCAGGCGAAAGCGCAGGGCACUAAUCCUCUCGAGGAACUGGGUUGUGCAUUUGUUUUCCGGUGAGUACCAGGACGACCCCUUCAAGACAAUCCCCCUCAGCGGCAAGAUCGUCUUAAACGUCGACAUCGCCAAUUCGAAGCUUUGGGAUAUGAACAGAGUUGGGGGAGUAUAUCAGCUGUUGUUGUGGGCAGCCUCUACUGAAGGGCCAAAUUCGUAUCCGGUGCGGACAACCGACGAGCCGUAUGGCAUCAAGGACCUCACAGCCUUCCAACGUCAGCAAGUUCACAACGAGACGGCCCUGGUGGGUAAACAAAUGAUGAUUUGGCUUCUCUCCCAGAUCGGAGGUAACCGCAACGUGGGCUUCCUCAUGGAUUUCCCUUCGGAUAAGGACCGCCUACGAAAGGAGGUGCCUGUGGAUGCAUCGGUCUGGAAAACAGCUAUGUGGAAAGGUUUCAGUUCGGUGUCAGGGAUCAAGGAAGUUUCCUUCUACAUGGGAGCCUAUGGACAUAAGGCCGAGAGACCGACAACGAUAGCCACCACCUACCCCGCUCUUAUUCAGGCAGACAGGAACUACCACGUUUACAAUCGCUACGUUCCUUCCUCCCUCCUGAGUGCUACAGAAAUGAGAAGAUGGUCGUACUCCUUUAAGGAAAUCGUGGCUGACUCCGUCAAGGAUUACCACUCGGCCCACUUGAGUGAGGAGGAGGAAAUGGAGAAAGCGGGAGUGAAAGUGAGCAAGCUCACUAAGGAGCAGCGAGAGUCCUGGCAUCGUCACUUGAUGAAUGGUCAUCAACCAUAUCGAGCGGACUGCUCGAUAUGUAUAAACGCGCAGGCGACUGGGUACCAGCAUCGGCGGCGUGCCCAUCCGUCCAUGUAUUCCAUGGCCCUGGACCUAGCUGGUCCCUUUAAGCAAAAGGGGCGCGACAUGAAUCAUGACGACUACCGAUACAUCAUGGUCGCCGCCUACAGAUGUCCGAGGGAGUACAUGAGCGAAAAGGCGGUCGAGAGCUUGGACAAGGACUACUACGUGCCCGACGACGAUGAGGUUGAGGUGGAUGACGACCCAAUGGGAUUGGUUGCUGCCCCACACCAUGUUGAAGGGCCUUCGGAGCACGAGGCGGAGGAGGAAGUGGAAGAGCGGCCGCGUGAGGGCCCCGAGAUCUUGGAUGAUGCAGUGGAAGGCUUAUCUCAUCAAGAAGAAUGGGCUACUGUAUUCAUCACCCGUCCUUUGAGAGGAAGAACCACUCAGUUCGUGCUUCAGGCUGCCAAGGAAAUCUUGCUUCAGUUGAGACAGACUGGACUACACGUGGGCAUGGUCCACACGGACCGUGCUCGCGAAUUCAAGGCGAAGGCCUUCAAGGAAUGGACCGUUGAUUCCCAGCUUCGACACACCAAGACCGCUGGAGGCGAUCCAGCUGGAAACAGCUCCGCUGAGCUAGGGAUAAAAUGGGCAAAAGCUCGAGUGCGUGCUCUUCUUUCUGCGGCAAAAGCCCCAUCACGAGAUUGGCCAAUGGCGAUCCAGCAUGCCUCCUCUUCGUUGCGGGCGAAGGUGUUUCCUGAUAGCUCCUGGGCGGCGCCACCAGCUACUGCCUUUGGGAAUGAGAUAUGGUUUCGGUCGAAAGCCUACCAAGGCAAGGGGGAGAAGAAGCACGACGCCGCGGGAUCUCGUUGGAAAAGAGGAUGGUAUCGAGGACCAGCUGAGGAUGUGAAACGAGGCCAUCUGAUUGUCAGAGAGGAUGGUGGACUCACCGUGGCGAAGAGCGUGAAGUUUGGUGUUACCGAUCCCCAUCGUGAACUGCAAGGGCUUCUUUCCCCAGUUGUAGCAGAAGGCCUCCCAGAGGAACUACUUUCAUCAAGUGAACCACCCACAAAGGAGGACCUCAAGAAUGAGAUUGAGUUCAAGGCCAGGAAGCUGAACGAGGAAAGGAACUACAGCUUGGAUGAGGCUGUGUCGCUCUACAAGUUGUUGGAAAUGCUCGGUGACACUGACCGGAGAUUGGGAAGAAAAUCCACGGUUGCAUCGUGGUACACAGGUGCGUAUGUACAUGGAGGCGUUGCAGGGACAAGAACCAACAUGAAGGAGUUUCCCUAUACCACCAAGUUCCUUGUAAACCUGGCCAAGCACUACUGUGGAGAAGUGGAGUUCUCAGCCCUGGGAUUGGCAAUGAAUGCGCAGCUCGGCCUUCACCGUGACCUACACAACUACAGUCUAUCGAGAAACCAUGUGUUACCCCUCCAGGACUUCGAGAAGGGUGCAUUAUGGGUCCAGGACAAUGAAGUGGAUGAGCUUGAUGGAGUUGAAAAGGAACUUCCCAGUGGGAAGAAGGUGAAGGGUCGACUCAUUGAAAUGGAGAAGGGCAAGCCUAUUAGUUUUUCACCUCGAAAAUGGCAUGAAGUCCAGCCGUGGAUUGGAGAAAGACUGGUACUGCUCCUCUACACUCCCCGGGCCACUAAGCUCCACAUGGACAAUGUUGAGUUCCUUGAAGACAUGGGUUUCAACGUGGACCAUCGGGCCUUAACAGAAGUUGUGGAGAAUCCGGAUGACGAGGACUAUGUGGAUGAAGGCCUAUCAGCCUUCCCCUCUCCAAAGAUAAAGAUGAUUAGACAAGAACCAAGGCCUGUUGAAGGGUGUGCUUUCGUAGAGGAGGAUGACUAUGACUUCCUACAUCAGCAAGUGCCUGGAGAACUGCCUCCCCUUCGUGAUCAUGCCGAAGCUGCCCACAAUGGUGCAACAGCGACAAUGAUGAAGAUAGUGAAGAAAGCGGAAGUGCAGUAUACAAAAAACAGAGAAGGCCUACUGGAUGAUGUCAAGGAGAGCGGGAAAUCGCUGGAGGUGACCCACAACGUGAGUCUUAGUGAUGUUCGAAACAACUUGGAGGCAUGGAAGCCUUCGGCAUUCAAGGAGUUCAAGAACCUCAAAGAGUCCAAGAAAGCAUUCUCUGUGAAAAGGAGAGAUGAACUUCCCCCGGGCUGCAGGAUUGUUCCAUGCAAGGGAGUGUACACAGUUAAACCGGACAAAGAAGGAGAAGGAUUUCGUCGGAAACCCCGAUUUGUCGCCUGUGGAAAUCACAUCCCGGAGGACGACAGCAACUUCGACCUCUUUGCCGCAGGUGUUGACGCAACAAGUUUGAGGACACUCCUGGCAGCCAACGCACGGAAACCAUGGAAGAUCGGAACUACAGAUGUGCGACAAGCCUUCGUCCUGGCCAAGUGGUUGCGACAACCAGUUGCGUUGGAACCGCCAGCGAUAGCUUACGAGCUCGGUCUGGCUUCGCAAGGACAGGUUUGGUUUGUGGAACAGGCUAUCUACGGCCUGAGGGAAUCACCUGCCCUAUGGUCACGAUUUCGUGAUGAGCAACUCAAGCUGGCAAGGUGGGAAAUGGAUGUAGAUGGGGUUCCAACUACAAUGAGGCUCCAGCAGAUGGUGUCGGAUAACCAGGUGUCGAAGAUUGUGGCUGAUGGGGGCGACGGCAAGGUCUACGGCUACGUCGUUGUCUACAUAGAUGACCUGCUCAUCCAUGCCGAGGAAGGUGCCAUGAGAAGUUUCUUUGACUGGGUUUCUGCCAAGUGGGAGGUGGAUGCAUUGGAUGUCCUGGACUAUAACCACCCCAUAAGGUUUCUGGGCAUGGAAAUGCACCGAGUUCCAGGAGGAGUAGAGCUGGCUCAGGAAGGCUUCAUCAAUGAGAUCCUGAGGUCCCAUGGCCAUCAAGGAGGGCGUUCUCAAAGCCAAGGACCACGGGAAACGCUCAUUUUGAGCGAUGAGGAGGAGCGAGCCCUCAUUGAUGCCCAGCCGUCCACCGUUAAUCCAAAGAAUCCUCAAGUUAAAGAAGCUCAGCGCAGAGUGGGAGAGUUACUUUGGCUCAUGGGCCGGACACGCCCAGAUCUACAGCAUACAGUUUCGAUCAUGGCGGCAAGGAUUACCCGAUGCCCAGAAAUGGUGAACAAGGUGGGAAGCCGGCUCCUCGAUUAUUUGAAUGAAACAAAGCACUACCGCUUGGCCUUCACGCAGGACUCGGAAGAGAUUGCUACGCAGCUCGACAUCUACACUGACUCCUCCUUCGCUCCAAGCGGAGGAAGGUCACAAGGUGCGGCGGCAGUCUUCUACGGACGGUCUCCAAUAGUAUGGCGGGCUGGUAGACAACAACUAGUCACGUUGUCGACAGCAGAAUCAGAACUUCUGGAAACAGUGGAGGGCACUUUGCUUGGGCUCUCAACCAGGGGACUGCUGACCGAGCUGUUGGGCAGAGAAUUACCACUAGUGGUCUGGGUAGACAACCUGGCCGCAGUGGCUUUGCUCACCACGUCGUCGGGGAGCUGGCGCACCCGGCACUUGCGCCUACGUAGUAACUGGGUGCGUGAGAUGACCAAAAACAAUGAGCUGGCCAUCAAACAUGUUUCGGGAGAAUUUCAAAGAGCAGACUUAGGUACUAAGCCGUUCACUCGUGAACGGCUUCGUCAGUUGGUGGCCAUGUGGAGUAUAAUCGACAGGAGGCCUACAGUUGAAGCAAAGGCGGUCAGGAAGCAGGAUGAAGCGGAUCCCUGGCUACGUCGACUCCUUCUCCUUUGCCAGCUAUGCGGCUCGGCGGCCCAGAAGGAUGAUAUAAGAACGGAAAUCCCGUGGGAUCUCUACCUUGCGGUGAUCAUCCUGGGAAUAGCUAUUAUUGGUCUUUGGGAAGGAGCAAAACACUGCUGGAAUGGAAGGAGUGUCAAGGUGAAAGCACUUCGGGCUGCAGCUACCGGGUCGGCAUCUGGAAAGAUAACUAGAGCCGAACUGAAGGAGGUACAGCUGCUUCUGUCAGUCGACCCAAAGGACCUCACCACCGAGCAAGCGGAAAGGCUGUGUGACUUGAAGGAAAAGUUUGACAGUGCUAUGCCGCUGGGCACUUCCCCGACACCAAGGUUUCCACAAGAGGCGGAACCUGUCGCUACCACUGAUGAGCCCUCGUCUUCCAGCUCCUCGUUAGCUCCCGGAAGAAAUAAGCAGCCGAGGCCAAAGGCCACGAGAGACCAAGCCACCCAAGCCGACUACGAGCCGGCAUUCACCAGGGUUGAACCUCCUCCUCUACCUCAACGAGAAGUCAUAGCCGGACCCUUUUACCAGGUUCCAGGGAGAGAUCAUCUGCAUGUAUUUCGAGAAUGCUGGGGUCUCCGGAAUGCAGGAAAUGUUAAAAGGGUUACUCUCUGCAGGUGCUGCAUUGAGAACGGCGGCAAUCGAAUCUACUGA